CUUGAUAUUUCAGAGGCUUUUUUUGGAGGGAGCUACUUGCAGUGACUACAGCACCGGCCUGGUAUGACAGCUAGAACAGCCUGCCACAGACUGGACAAGAAGCCGUUAUCGGCUACGCGGGAGGACAUGGGAAGAACAUUUUGGCUGCAGCUAGAUUAAAAUAAUUCGCUAAGGGUUUGUAUACGGAAUUUAAGCCCUGACCCUUUUUUUUUUGUCGUCAGGAGCGAGCGCCGUUACGUCGGAAGAGUAGCACGAGCCGGUAUUGCAGCGAGUUUAUUAGCCAGAAAGCCCACUAUUAUUCAGCUCGAAAAUUGAUAAUAAUAAUAACGCGAGAGUUUGCAAGUUGCCUCAAGACUGUAGUCGCAACUGUCAAAGGUGGAGUGGAUACGCGCAUGACCCAACACACAUUACUGUAAUACUGUACACGGCCGCCGAGAUAAUAUCCGUAUAAAAAACGAAUAAUCCCGAGGUAAGGAGCGAGGAGUGAACCAAACCCGACCGAGAUUUGGCGCUUCUGCUGAUUCGUUUUCGUUCGUUUUCUUUUACUCUAACCAACAGACUCACAGCCGUCGAAAUUACUGCACUAAACAUAUUUUUGUGCCUCCCUUUAGCUCCUGCCAGCGCAAGGAUUUUUUUUUUACUCCUCCUUCGUAAUAAAGUCGCCAUUUUGCUUCACUGCCUAUAUAAACCAUCCCGUAUUCUAAUAUUUUUUCUCAAGGAGUCGAGGGCUCUGUCUUUCCUGGCUAUUUCUAUUAAUUUGGAGAGUUUAACGAGAAGACAAGGGUUGGAGAAGUGCCUCGUGGUAUACAUAUUAAUGCACGAAAGGAGAACGAGAGGGGGGGGCAAGGCAAUUGGAAGCUGGAAAUAAGACUGGGGGGGACAGGACGACGGUGACGACUGUCCGCUUCCUUUCAGGCCCCCCAAGCUCAACCUGACCGCUCCUUGACGCACAGCAGGUGUGAUUGCCAUGUAACUUAACGUUGGUGAAAAAAACCGCCUACUUUGGUGCCUGUCUCCUGCCCCUGACCUCCUCCUACCUCACGUGGAUGACCCGGGGCCACCCGGGCUCUGGUGCUGGGUGACUGCUCGACAGUUAAGGCAUGGAGAGCCCAAGUGGGCCCAAGCUUGGGAAGCUGUCCUCAUCAGGGCUGUCAAGGGGCCGAACGCCCAAGCAUGGACAUCCCCAGGAGCAAGUUAGAACCAUGUCAACCCCUGAAAACCACAGCAAACAUAGUCCAGUGUGUGAUGAGCCAGCAGAGGGGAAGCGGAAAGGUCGUCCUAAAGCAGAAAUGCAGGAACUGAGAAGCAUCCCUGCCCAUAUGAUAGUACAAUGGAAGGAAGAGUUUAAGCGGCGCUCCAGGGUAAAAUGUCCGUGUUCAGGCUGCUGGUUAGAGUUUCCCAGCAUCUAUGGCGUCAAGUACCACUAUCAGCGCUGCCCGGGGGCCACCGUAGCUGAAAAGCUGAGUCAUGGCUGUCCCUACUGUGAGGCCGUGUUUGCCACAAAGGUGCGCCUGCAGAAACACAAACUGUGGAAUCACCCAGAGAGAGUCAGCAUGGAAACCAAGGACGAGCAACCUAAGCUUCAAAAGACUUUUGUGAAGUCCAGCGCUAAGAAAAGGCCCAUGGAGAUCAGUCCCCCCUCUCCUGUGUUCUUCAAAGUGAAAAAGACCCAUGAAGUGUCCACACCCUCUCAGAAUGGGGAGCUGGCCUACCAGAAAAAUGAGAGGAAACAGCACAGCCACAGCCAGCCUUCACAACAAAUUCACCAGACCCUGCCAGUCCAGCCUCACUCCCAGCAAUCUCAUUCCCAAAGCACGUCAUCUGAUGCAGGGGGAAGUGAAAGCGAGGGGGGCAGCCUUCCCCCUUCUUUUCCUGACGAAGACCCAGAGCGAAUGAAGCACAGACGAAAGCAGAAAACACCUAAGAAAUUCACUGGAGAACAGCCCUCAAUAUCUGGAACUUUUGGAUUGAAAGGUAUGACUAAGGUAGAGGAGAAGCUGAAGGCAGGCCGUGUGAAGAGACCAGAGGGGAGUGGGUUCACUGAGGAGGCUCAGAGAAGACCUUCGUCAGUUCAGCCCUCCAGAAAAGACUCGGCCACAACAAGCUCUGGAGCUGUUCCUGACACUCAGUGGCAGCGAGCAAUCUCAGAGAGAGGUGAAGUGGUGUGUCCCACUUGCUCCAUCGUUACCAGGAAAACAAUCCAUGGCCUCAAGAAACACAUGGAGAUUUGUCAAAAGCUCCAGGAUGCCCUGAAGUGCCAGCAGUGCCACAAGCAGUUCAGGUCCAAGGCCGGCCUCAACUACCACACCAUGGCCGAGCACAACAGCAAGCCCUCAGGGAGUGAAGGCCAGACGGGCAACGAGCACGAGGAGAGGGAAAGGCUGCGCCGAGUGCUCAAACAAAUGGGACGAAUUAAGUGUCCCAGUGAGGGCUGUUCAGCCCACUUUUCCAGUCUGAUGGGCUACCAGUAUCACCAGCAGCGUUGUGGAAGAGAGUGUUCUGACGAUGCGAAGCCUGUGUUUCUGUGCCAGCACUGUGGAAAAAGCUACCGCUCCAAGGCUGGCAGAGACUACCAUGUACGCACCGAACACUCCCCGGCCAUCACCACCACAAUGACAGCCGCAGCCACCACCAACCUCAUGGAUAGUAUCACUGACACCAACAACAACACUGGCAAGGAGAGGGUGAUCUCUGAAGAAUCUCCAACAGGAGGUAAGAAGGAGCAAAGCCAAACUGAAAGGAAACGGUGGCAAGAGAAAGCCCCAUCCAGCCAUCCUAAGGAGAAGGACAGAGGCGCUAGAGAGAAGGACAGGGAAAAGGAAAGGGAGCAGGAACAAGAUCAACAAAAAGCAGCACAGAUUGAGAGACAGGGGGAGGACUUUGAAAGGACCCCCAGUGGCAGGGUGAGACGGCGGUCAGCUCAGGUGGCGGUGUUCCACCUGCAAGAAAUUGCUGAGGAUGAGCUGGCUAAAGACUGGGGCACAAAACGCCGCAUCAAGGAUGACCUGGUUCCUGACAGCAAGAGGUUAAACUACACCCGCCCUGGCCUCCCCAACUUCAGCCCAGAGCUUCUAGAGGCUUGGAAAAACCAAGUCAAGGAGAAGGGCUUCAUCUGCUGCACAAACGAAAACUGUGAAGCUGUCUAUUCCAGCGUGUCAGGACUAAAGGCCCAUCUCGCCAACUGCAGCAAGGGUGGUGGCGAAAUGGGGAAGUACACCUGUCUGAUCUGUCAGAAGGAGUUCAGCUCGGAGAGUGGCGUCAAAUACCAUAUUAGCAAGACACACUCACAGAACUGGUUCCGUGCAGCUGCCAGUCAAGUUGUGUCCAGUAGCAAAACUAAAGUCCCAGAGAACAAUGGGAUAAAGGCCGAAGUGAGGAACGGAGCAACAACUGGUAAAAAGAGGGGCCGUAAACCAAAAGAGCGCCCCCCUGUGAAUGUACCUCUCGAAACAAAAACUGAGGCACUUACCACCCAAAACUCAACCCCUGCCGCGACUCUGUUCUCUGGCACAGCACAGCCCCCAACUCUGUUCCCUGACCCAACGGACAGUGAUAAUUCAGGCCAAAACAGACAGCCAAUUCCCUCCGCCACCAGAAGAAACAAACCCAAGAGGCUGUUACUGUCCGACUAGCUCUGCUUUUGUUGACCUAGGAGCCCGAGAGGAUUCUUUCUUUAAAUAUCUGCCAGGAAGCUUAAAGACAUUUCUAGCGCUACAAGAACUUGGCACUGAGAAGAAAGCCAAAAAUCAACCAAUAUGAAGUAAAACCCAGUCUUCAAAUCUUGGUUUCAAACCCCCCGAGAUAAUGUGUAUACUGUUGUACUCAGAACAGUAGUGUUUUAUUUCCCCAUUCCACUUUUGUCUCCCAUUUAAGGCACAUUUUUCAAUUUCUGUACUCACAGCAGGGGUGUCAGUAGUAAUCAAAGUCCUGACCUAAACAUAGAUUUUUUUUUAAACAGAGUUAGUAUUCUAAAUACCAAUGGAGAGUCAUUUUCUCUGCAAGAUUUGUGUUGUGUUUGAGAGGUUUUAAAAAGGAUAUUCUAUUAGCAUGGUGAAGUCAUUUAAUAAUAGCUAGUGUUUUCACAUUUUUUCACAGAUAUACUGUACUGUGUACAUGAACAAUAUCUAUAUCUAUAUCUAUAUACUCAAAGCAAUGAUGCCAUCCGUCAUUUCCAAGCCUGAAACAUCCAAUUGGAUCAUAAGCGGUCAGAAUUGUUUGCAGUGUGUGCUUUAGUGCAAUGUUGUUUUAAUAUAGUUUUUUUUCUAGUUUGACUUUUAUUGUUUCUUGCUUUUCAUGUUUUACAUAAGCAAAUGUCAUAUAAGCUAAAAUGUUUGUAAGUUGUUCAUGUUUCACAUUAUUUUUUACAGUUGUUACUUCCAAGGAUUUUUUUUUCACAUGACUGUGAACAGUAUCUGCUUUGACAACCAUAAUUAAGUGUGAAAAGAUUAUUUCCAGACUUGUUUUACACGGAAGUUGAGAAGCAGAAUACCCAGAAAAGUGACUGAUAUUUUUAUCUGUAAGGCAUACUGCAACUUAGUUGCGAUUAGAAAUAGAAAGACACGUUUAAUUGAAUUUAAAAAAACAAACAGGAAAAAAAAUCAAUGUUGAAACACUCUAAAAUCGGUCUAGCAAAGCGAAAUGUUUGACAGGAGGAAGAAUUCUGUGUGAAGCUUGUUGCACCAUUGCAGCACAAUCAAAUGAGGAGGCCACGUUUUGGCUACUGCUUUAGCUUGAAUCAAAGCUGAGGAGGGAAUUUUAAAAAUAUACUAUCUUUUAUAGAGAGGUCCAGGAUAAUAAUCUUUUAUUAAACAGAAAAACUGCUAAUUAAGAUUCACAUAUAAUAAUGUAAAUGAAUGAAUUCUUGAACGCUCAAAGUUAUUGCCUUGCACUUUAACCUUUAACCCUUCCUGCUCCCCUCUUGUAGUUUUGCACUCCAGAACUAUUCACCCUAACCUAGUGGCUGUCUGGUGCAGGAGUGGGAUUUUUGUUUGUUUGGUUUUUUUUAACUCUGGUGGUAAACUAGAGAAGAGACUAAGUUUGUCAUGAGCAACAUGACUGACACUUUCUAUAUUGUAUCUGAAAUCCAACGCAAUGGUAUAAUUAUGAUUCACCUCACAAAGCCAUAACUGGUCUUAUUGAAGUUUAGGGCUGCUUAGCCACUUAAUGUUAGAUUAGCUUAAAAUAUAUAAAUAUAUAAACAAAAUAUUAAAUGACUUUUCAAAAUCUAAAAGAUUAGAGAAUAUUUUCACUUUAACAUGUUGAAAGUAGAUACUUGAAUCCACAGUUGUAUUAACAAUUUGAGCAAAUUAAAACUCCAUGAAUAUUUGAUUUAUAUUUGAAGUUUAUGUCCAUGAAAAUAACGACUUGCUUGCUUAAAAAAAUACAGAUCAUAAAUCUAUUUUAUAUUCUAUGGUGUGUGUUACUUAGAUAGCAAUCUGAUAGCUUUGGAUAAAAUUAUGUGAGGAUAUCCUGGUGAGAUAAUAAGGGUGCUUUACUUGCCACUCUACCUUAAGGGCCUGAUACAACUCACUCAAGUCCAUAUUAUCCUUACUGGCAAGUCCUCUGAAUUUUGCACCAUAAUGUCAAUGUCAUUAAAAUCAAGCACUGAUGUCAGCAGAACAUUUUCAAGAAACAUUGAAUUUGAAAUGUGUGUUUUUCCAGGUGGUGUCAUUCCUACGCUGUGACUUUUUAUAACGUAACGCAAAGAUUCAAUCUGAAUUCCUCCAUUGCUAAUCAACUGAUGGAGUUAAUUCAGGUGGGGAUGAUUAUGCACGUGUCUCUGUCAUCGGGAUGGACCUUUAUCUUCUACCUGGGUUCAGAUGACAGAGAGGAUAAGAUGAACAAGCACUGAGUGGUCCUCGGACCUUUUCAAUAUGAGUUGUCCAGACUUUGUGUGUGUGCGUGUGUGUGUGUAUUAAACAGUUAGCACCUUUUUUUGUAAUGACUGGAUGUCAGAAAUAGUAACACUUUUGAGUGUUAUGCUGUGGCACAGAAUCAGUUCAUCAGCUGCUUGUUACUCGUUUCAUUAAUGACGUCACAUUGACUGUGUUUACCUGACGAGCUUUGGUGUUGCAAUAUGAUAGUUUAGCACUGCUUUUAACAGUGGGUAUUUUAUAUUUUAUCACACCCUUUACUAUCUGUCUUCCUAUGAUGUGGAAAUCACAUAUCUAUCCCGCAGUGUGAGCUAACUGCAACAUGUUUAGAGAGUACAGCAAUACACCAUAUUUAGCUGAUUUUGUUGGCUUGCUGAUAUUUUGAUAUCGAUGUGUCUUCUCGAAAUUGUAUGGCUUUUUUUUCCCACUCCCCUCCUUUUAUUAAUUUGCUUUAAAAAUGCUUUUUACAUAUGAUGAAAUCUACACAAAAAAGGUUGAGAAACUUUGUAGACCACAAACAACAUUGUAGGCCUGUGUGUUGGCAUACACUGUUAUUUUAUCCAUUUUGACAAUGCACAUAAAUUGAGCUUUUUCAGUACAUGAUGGCAAACAGAUUGAGAGAGUCCUUUUAUUAUUAUCUAUUCAGUAUGGGACAACAAGGCAUAUGUAUGUGUGUUUGUUUCUGUAUUUAGUGCACUUACUAUACCAUGAAAUAGGCUUGAAAUAGGAGUGUUGUUGGAGCUUUCUAGUUACCUGGACUGUGUGUGGUGUGACUUUUGUACCUGGGGAAACAGCAGGCUCAAGUGUCUUCCCUUUGUCAGCAAUGUUAUUUCCAAAACCAAGAUUAUUCCUUAGAAAUUCCCCUAGACAGCUGAAGAAGUUUACACUUUUUAUUUGGUGGUUUGUUUUGUAUGCUACCUAGUUCAAAAGCAGGAAAUGGCAUCCAGCUCUGUUGUUGGGGUCAUUGUGAUGAGUUUUAAGAGAUGAUGUUGUAGCUCAUAACUGUUUAUGGUAUAUAGGUAACAAAUUAAAUGAGACUAAUGAUGUAUUAAAGAUUUCCAUAUCUGAAAUUAAGCUGUAUAGUACCUAACAUUGGAGGAUUCAACACCUCCUUUGAGUCUGAACUGUUACAAUUUUUUCUCCCAAACUUGUUGUAUUACCUGUGCAUUAGUAUCCCUUAACUAAUUAAUAAAAGUUUGUUGACUAAACAUG